AUGCACUCACAAAGAUCUAUCCUACGAGCCUCCCGCCUACGACCAACGUGUCAACAACGAUACCAAAGCACCCAACCAGUCAGCUCCCUCUUCGACGACAUCUCCUCCUCCGAAUCCCCUACCAACACAGCAGAUGAAUCAACACCAUACGUGCCAGAAGACGAAGACAUCUUCCCCGCCCAACAAUAUUUCGCAUCAGCAAUAAAAGCUGGGGUGUUGAAAGACAUUGGUAUCGAAGGUAUCUACGAUAUUUUACGCCAAGCACGAGCAGCUGGUCUAACUGCACAACCUCUCUUGAACACGAAGGGGAGCGCCACUGAUCCCUCCACGCUCUCUAUCCUCGGCAAGAUCCUCCUCCGGGCAAAAUCUGCAGUCGACACCCCAGAAACAGCCUCAGAACGGAAAAAACUUGGGUACCUCUUGCUUCGAUCCGCCAAUACCCCCGAAGCAACAAUCUUUAUCUCCCGCUCCAUUCUACGAUCACCGACAGCCACUAAGGAGGAGACAGAAGAAGCAAUCGCAACACUCUCCAAACUUGCCCAGCAAAAGCAUCCCGACGCAGCCGUAAUCCUCGGCGGCGUCCUCCAAUCCCACGGCGACCUCACAAAAGCCUCCGCCCUCUACAAAAUCGGCGCAGAAGCCGGUAAUGCGGAAGGCUGGCUCGGCCUCGGCCGUAUCCAACGCGCAAACGGAAACCACGACGACGCGCUAUCCGCUUUCAGAAAAGCAGCCGACAUGAACCAUCCCUACGGCCACUUCAUGCUCGCCAUCGCGGACCCUUCCGCACCCGAAUCAAUGACCCACCUCGAAGCCGCCGCCACGAAGGGAAUCCCCGAAGCUGCACACAACCUCGGUGAACGCCACCGCCUCCAAGGAAACCGAGCGUUAGCACAGGAGUGGUACGAAGUUGCCGCACGCGCUGGAUUUCAGAUUAGUAUGGUCAACCUUGCCAUGAUGCUCAAAGAUAAUGGGGAGGGGAAGAAAGCGAGUGUAUGGUUGGCGGCUGCGAAGCGAAGUGGGGGACAGGUUGCGGAGGAUGCGCAGAGAUAUUUGGAGAAGUGGGGGCAGGAGGGGGAGGAGAAGAAGGGGACGUGUAUUGUUAUGUAG